GGCAGAUAGCGAUCUGCUCGUGGGCUGCGCCCGGGCGGCUGCGCUCGGCUGCGGCGGGGGCGCCGCCGGGGGUCCGUGGAGAGGAGGAGAGGGGCAGGAAGGUGCCGAGCAGAGAGCCCGGGCUCUGCCCUACAAGCUCUCGGCUCUCCCUGCCCCGCAGAGCAGCCAUGGAGGUGAUGAACAUGAUGGAGCAGCCGAUCAAGGUGACGGAGUGGCAGCAGACCUACACCUACGACUCGGGCAUCCACUCCGGCGUCAACACCCAGGUGCCCUCCGUCAGCAGCAAGUGCCUGGGGGAUGAUGACGAGGUCUACGGGAAGCAGUACACCAUCAAGAAGACCACCACGAGCUACUGCCAGGGAGGAGGCCAGAGCCAAGCACAAGCGGAUAUGGAGGCUCAGCUGGCCAUGACCCGGGCUCAGCGCGUCCGGGCCGCCAUGUACCCCGAGACGGUGGAGGACCGCUCCCUGCUCAUCACCACGCAGGUGGAGGGGCAGCAGACCAACGUGCAGCGCCUGGCCGAGCCCUCACAGAUGCUCAAGUCUGCCAUCGUGCACCUCAUCAACUACCAGGACGACGCCGAGCUGGCCACCCGUGCCAUCCCGGAGCUCACCAAGCUGCUCAACGACGAGGACCCGGUGGUCGUCAGCAAAGCGGCCAUGAUCGUGAACCAGCUCUCCAAGAAGGAGGCGUCCCGCCGUGCCCUGAUGCAGUCGUCCCAGAUCGUGGCGGCCGUGGUGCGCACCAUGCAGAGCACCAGCGACCUGGACACGGCCCGCUGCACCACCAGCAUCCUGCACAACCUCUCCCACCACCGCGAGGGCCUGCUCUCCAUCUUCAAGUCCGGUGGCAUCCCGGCCCUCGUCAGGAUGCUCAGCUCGCCGGUCGAGUCGGUCCUCUUCUACGCCAUCACCACCCUGCACAACCUGCUGCUCUACCAGGAGGGGGCCAAGAUGGCCGUGCGCCUGGCCGACGGGCUGCAGAAGAUGGUGCCCUUGCUGAACAAGAACAACCCCAAGUUCCUGGCCAUCACCACCGACUGCCUUCAGCUCCUCGCCUACGGCAACCAGGAGAGCAAGCUGAUUAUUUUGGCCAACGGAGGGCCCCAAGCCCUGGUGCAGAUCAUGCGCAGCUACAACUACGAGAAGCUGCUGUGGACCACGAGCCGGGUGCUCAAGGUGCUGUCGGUGUGUCCCAGCAACAAACCCGCUAUCGUCGAGGCCGGCGGCAUGCAGGCGUUGGGCAAGCACCUGACCAGCUCCAGCCCCAGGCUGGUGCAGAAUUGUCUCUGGACCCUGCGGAACCUCUCCGACGUGGCCACCAAGCAAGAGGGGCUGGACGGCGUCCUCAAGAUCCUGGUGAACCAGCUGAGCUCCGACGACGUGAACGUGCUGACCUGUGCCACCGGCACCCUCUCCAACCUGACCUGCAACAACAGCAAGAACAAGACCCUGGUGACGCAGUCGAACGGGGUGGAGGCCCUGAUCCACACCAUCCUGCGGGCGGGCGACAAGGAGGACAUCACCGAGCCGGCCGUGUGCGCUCUGCGGCACCUCACCAGCCGGCACCCCGAGGCCGAGAUGGCGCAGAACUCCGUGCGGCUCAACUACGGCAUCCCCGCCAUCGUCAAGCUCCUCAACCAGCCCAACCAGUGGCCACUGGUCAAGGCUACCAUCGGCCUGAUCCGCAACCUGGCCCUGUGCCCAGCCAACCAUGCCCCGCUGCAGGAGGCGGCCGUCAUCCCCCGCCUGGUCCAGCUGCUGGUGAAGGCGCACCAGGAUGCUCAGCGUCACGUCGCAGCCGGCACGCAGCAGCCCUACACGGACGGCGUGAAGAUGGAGGAGAUCGUGGAGGGAUGCACGGGAGCGCUGCACAUCCUGGCCCGGGACCCCAUGAACAGGAUGGAAAUCUUCCGGCUCAACACCAUCCCUCUCUUCGUGCAGCUCCUCUACUCGCCCGUGGAGAACAUCCAGCGCGUCGCGGCUGGCGUGCUGUGCGAGCUGGCCCAGGACAAGGAGGCAGCAGAUGCCAUUGAUGCCGAGGGGGCCUCGGCUCCGCUCAUGGAGCUGCUGCACUCCAGGAACGAGGGGACAGCCACCUACGCGGCUGCCGUGCUCUUCCGAAUCUCCGAGGACAAGAACCCUGACUACAGGAAGCGCGUGUCCGUGGAGCUCACCAACUCCCUCUUCAAGCACGACCCCGCGGCGUGGGAGGCGGCUCAGAGCAUGAUCCCCAUCAACGAGCCCUACUCAGACGAGCUGGACCCCGGCUACCGCCCCAUGUACUCGGGUGACAUCCCCCUGGACCCCAUCGACAUGCACAUGGACAUGGACGGAGACUACCCCAUGGACGCCUACAGCGACGGCGUCCGGGCGCCCUUCGCCGACCACAUGCUCGCCUAAACCUGCGCCCCAGACCCCGCACCAGGUAACGCCGGGGGGUGCGCGGGGCGCUGCCCCCCGAGCCCCCCGCACUGGGUGACGUGAGCUCCCUCCCGCCGCGCCGCAGGUGUUUCCUCCAUCCCGAGAGGGUGGCCCCAGAGCUGAGCAUUCGCGAGAAGGACUUGGGAGACAGAAGUGCCUGAGAAGACAAACUUUUCCAUUCCCACGAGAGGUUUUGUUUCUCAAUUUUUUUUAUUUUUUCUUCGCUGUGGGUCUGUGGAGAAGGUCCUUCCUCCUGGGACUGCUUCAAGCACCUACUGCCGCAUCCAGCAUCCAAGAUACUGUUUCUGAAGCUUUAAGACACACAAACCUUGCAUCAUUAUCAACCUUUCAUUGGCAAAAUAGUCUUUUCUAUGAAUAUAUAUAUUUCUUUUUUAUUUUUAAUAUGGUGCCAACGGCUUUUGCCGUCUUUAAGUUUGUGCUUUCUAACUUCCCCACUACUCGUUCUGCGUGUUAGUGUCCUAGAAAAAGGAAUCUAACAUGAGAAAACCCUUUGUCUUCGGUGAACUCUGACUUACUCAAUCAGGCCAAUCCGGAGUUUGCUGAAAACAAACGGUCCCAUGUCCCAAGACCUUCGUUUUAGCCAUCGGGAUGUCUGCGGUUUAAUCCUUUCUGAUCAGCCGUUGGGGAGCUGACUUUGUGUAACUGCCUGUCCUAACAGUAACAAUAGAGAAGUGACUCCAGCAUUAGGAACCGUGUCCUUGUACUGAUCUCUGUUGCACAUUUUAACCCGUUUCCCUUCUUUUUGGUGAGUGGUGUGUUUCCGUCCCCUCUUUCCUUACCUUAUGAUUUUUUUUUUU